UUUCGUAGGUUUUCUUUAAUGGUAUUACAAAGGAGUUCAUUGUCAAGCUUAGUUUUCCAAUUUACAGUCAUACUAAUGUCAAUUGUAGAGUUUUGCACUUCCUAUCAAGGCAGUGAUACACAUGUGUCUUUUUUUUGUUUUAUUCAGUUGUUGAACGUCACCAGGAAAGAAAGAUGGCAGCAAGACAACCUGAUGUCACAGUUCAAUCUGUGUUGGGUAAGAUCAGUCGACAUCAUCUGGAAUGUCCCAUUUGCAAAGACCGUUUCACUGAGCCUAAGGUACUUGACUGUCUGCACAGUUUUUGUCAGGAAUGUCUCAAAGAAGUCAAACAGAGUCAACGUUCACAAGAUCAAAAGCUUGUGUGUCCUCUCUGCAGAUUAGAAACCAUACUAAAGGGAGACGUUUCUGAUUUGCCAAGUGACUUCAAACUGACCGCCUUGGUGGAUGAGGUCAACGUCUACGAAAAGCUACUUGAGGGUCAAAGGUCAGACAUUAAAUGUCAAGCCUGUGAUGAAGAGAAUCAGGCUGUGUCAAGAUGCAUGGACUGUGAUCAUUUUCUCUGCAAAGAAUGCCAAGUGGCACACAGGCGUUUUUCUUCAAUGAAAUCACAUCAAAUCUACACACUGGCCCAGCUUCAAUCAGGAGAGGUAACUUACAAGAGUAAGAUUAGAGAGUACACUCCAAAAUGUGGCAAGCAUUCCGAUCAAAAUCUCACUAUUUACUGCAACACAUGUGAAAAGUUGGUAUGCACAACUUGUGCUAUUGUAGACCAUGAGAAACACUCUCGUGUUGAUCUACCAGAAGCUGUCGAUAAGUGCAAACAAGAUGUUGCUAGAAUGUCUGUACAAGCUGAACAGAACAAAGCAAAACUGAAAACAGACAUAAGUGAAGUAGAUGACAAGGACAGAAAGCUGAAGGCCAUGUAUGCAGACACCACCAAGAAAAUCUCCAGUAAGGCUGACAAGGAGGUAGCUAGAAUUGAAGAGGAGAUUGCAAGGAUCAGAGAGGAAGAGCGGAAACUGAAGCAAGAGGCAGACACCAUCUUCAAUGACAGAGCCAAGCCAUUGAAAACUCUUCUUGCCACAAACAGCAGUCGUCUAACCAAGACUGAGAAAAAAGUGGAUGAGGUUACACACUUUGUGACUCUAGAAAGUUGCUAUGAGAUUCUGGAUUUCAAGCCUAAACUCAUGAAUAAGUUGGAAGAAUCGAUUGAAGAACAAACUGAUGACGGGCUGGACAGUUUGUCCCCCAUUAUGGACUUUGAGGAAGGCACUGGGAUGUCACUUGGGAGACUUGUGCUGGAAAAUACACAAAUACCUAGCUCACAGGGACCCGUAAAAUGGGAGCUAAAAAGACAGAAAAAGGCAUCUGAACUGAAAAACAAAUUAUUUCUUGGCAAUGUUGAUGGAAUUGCAGCAUUCUCUAACAAUGAAGUUAUUGCAUUAGUCAUGCGGCAUAAGAUGCUUAUCACUUUCUCAACUGACCUCCAGUCUGGUGCAAAAGAACUCAAACUUCCAGGUCUUAAUAAACCAACCCAUGUUUCAGUUAACAGGGAUGAUGAGAUCAUUGUUCUUGACAAACCUGCUGUCAAGAUCUUCAAGAAGGGUGAGCAGUCCUGCUUCCAUCACGAUCAGUUCCUACCAGGUGGGGAGACAGGCAGCAACCCAACCUGCCUUGCAGUGGAUGGUGGGGAUGUGAUAGCAGUGGGAUAUGAGGAAGAAGAAGAGAUCUCACUGCACAAGAGAGAUGGAUCCCUCAUCAGGAGAAUACCUGCUCCAAAGAUUGGAUCAAAAUUGACAAUCUAUAGGCAGCAGCUUUUCUACCUUCAUACAGGAAUCUCUGACAAGCUUGCACUCACAUCAAUUGACAGCCAUGGUAGCAAGGUCUUUUCAUUUGAUAUUCCAUGUAAUUUUUUGGAAAAAUCUGUCUGGAAAGCUAAUUGUUUGUGUUGUGACAAAGAUGGCAACAUCUAUGUAGUUUUACAAGGGUUGGGUACUUUGGUUUAUUCAUCACAACGUGUAAUUAAGCAUUUCAGUCAUGAUGGACGGUACAUUGGCGAUAUCAUCAAUGAACGUGGUUUUAUUACACGUCACAUCACAUGUACACCAGCCAGAGAGCUGGUUUUGGCAAGUAAUAGGGGUAGUGUUAAAGUCUAUCACCAAGUGUAAAUUGACAAUGAAUGUCAAAAUAACAACACAAAGAACUCAUACAAACAAUAGCCAUUUCUUCCAAACAUACAGUUUACAAAUUAUUCGAGAUUAUGUGUGCCAUUGUAUCAA